GGGAUUUGCAAUGCAUUGUGGGAAUACUAUUAAGACUGGAGCUGGAAGUUGAAAGCUGCCUCGGUGAACUAGCAGCAGAUGCCGAUAUGUCUCUUCUCCGCCAAUGUCUGAUUGUCUGUGAAUGAAGCUCGGCAUAAAGACUAAAUAGCAGCACACAAUGGACUCCCCUGAAGCAGAGGCUUCAACCCACAGUGAAAGAAGAGAAGACACCGCGGCAAGCACAUCAAAUACGUCAGGACAAGGAGAAGAUGGACCAACAAAGCCAAAGAAGGCAUCGUUGAAGAGGACCAAAAGUAAACCUACAAAUGCAAAAGCCAAGAAGCAUAAAAAGGCUAGAGUCUCCAGGCCUGCACAGCUUGGCUACACUGUCCAUCAAGGGGAAGACAUGCUUCUUGUUAUAUCGAGUUCUACCUCUCAGUAUGAUGGUUCAGCCUGGACCCCCCCAAAGAAGGGAAGCAAAAGAAAGAAGCUUGCUAAAGGAAAGGUGAAAGCCAAUCAGCUUAAGAAAAAAAAGACAGUCCGUGCUAUGCCUAAACUGACAAAUAAUCCUGUUGCCAAGGAAAAAGAACACAGUAACUUGUUUGUGCCACAGAAAGCAACAGACCACAGAUGGGGUGAAAGUCUUCCUGAGGAGGUGCUAAUCAGUAUUUUUCAGAUGGUGGUCGUCCAAGACGGUGCCGUACCAUUUCUAUGCAGGGUGGGUAGAGUUUGUCGUCUAUGGAACUCUGCUGCCUCCAGUCCGGUCCUGUGGCGUAAAGUGACCGUAGGUCACUGCUGGAUUGCACCAGGGAAAUCCCAGCUACCCAAAACUGAGAAGAAGAUUAAGGAUACUUUUAACUGGCUGGCACAGAACAGAUUCUCUCAGCUACGAGAUUUCGCUCUCUGUCACUGGUCAAAGAAUGUUACCUAUGCAGUAGAGGUUGUGUCGCAGUUCUGCCCUCACCUUCGCUCCCUCAAGCUCUCCUACUGUACAGGCCUGACAGCGACAGCCUUCCAUGCACUUGCUCUACACUGCCGGUCCCUGCAAAGCAUGGAUCUCCAGUACUCUGAGUUUCAGGUUGAGGGACUCCUCGAGUACCUGGAAAAACAUGGGAGCCAGAUCAAGCAAAUUUUGUUCACUCAUGGACUAAAGAAUGACAGACUUCUAACUGCCAUCACCAGGGGGAACUGUCCUGAUUUGGAGUUGCUGGAGGUCAACACAAAGCUCGACAGUAAAGAUUGUGAACUUCCCGUUUGCAUCCAUGCACUACAGAUGGCAUGCCCUAAACUCAAGACCUUCCGGAUGCUGAAUGUCAGACCUCUGCACAAGACUAUGCGUAAUGCUGCAGACUCAACAUUAGGCUUCCCGUUGCUGGAGGAGCUGUGUAUAGCAACCACUUCUUAUUCCUACAUGACAGACAAAGACUUGUGGGACAUCCUCUUUGGCUCCACCAGGCUGCGAGUGUUGGACCUGCGAGGCUGUUCUCGAAUCACACCAUCUGGUCUCACAACACUACCAUGUCUUGAGCUUGAGUGUCUGUUCUGGGGACAGUAUUUCAGCAGCAACGUUGGGUUGCCAUCACCUAAGAAGGGGCUUCACAUGCUGACCCAGAAAUGGAGUCGAACACUGCAACAGCUUGACAUCGCAAACCAGCUUUUCGCCGAGGAGGACUUGGAGAUGGCGAUGAUUCACCUUGCUCACGCCACAGAGGCAGAUACCCUUCGUUCACUAAACCUGAGUGGGACCAGGAUCACGCCACCGGCCCUCAGGCCAGUCAUCGGCCAAAUGACUGCUCUUAGCUACCUCAACCUUUCAUCCUGCCGGUAUCUUCCAAGAGGACUGAAGAGAAUUUACCGUGGCCAAGAGGACAUUCGCCAGCUGCUGGACAAAUUGGAGUAGUUGUCAUAUUCAUUUGGUUCCAGAAAUGGUUCCAGGCUUAUGUGAAUGCCUUAACACAUGCCUCUUUGUGGAUUAUAUGGUUCAAGUAAUGAUGGUUGAUGGAUUGUUGUUAGAAAUUUUACCCACAGGUGUUUUUGUAAAUGUUGUUUUAAAUGUAUACUGUACGCAUAAAGCAGUUCAUGCAAUAGCCCUCCUUACUGUUCUAGAAAGCAAGGGUGUGGAAUCCACUGAGAAAACCUGUUGCUGCUGUAUUACUGUCAGUUUAUACAAGGUAAGAGCACCAUCUACUCUACAUGUAGCUUAAGGGGUGACAUUGAUCAUGAAUUUGAAAACAUUUAUAUUAAUCACCCCAACUGUUAUCAACAGGGACAUUCAGACCUGUAUACCCAGGUUUCCUAGAUUUUUGACUUUCUUUUUUUUUUAAAUACAUUUUUACACCAAGUUACAAUAAUACCAGACAAAGGUUUGUCUAGAAUUAUUUUACAUUAAAAAUGAAUGUUCAACAUGUCAGUAUGAACUUUUUUGUGUAUUUUCCACGAGAGAGUGCUGUACACUCAAGGUAAAUUUACAGAAUGGCAGACGGGUCAUUCUUACUGCAUUUGUACUGUUAUUCAGGAAAUAGAUUCAAAUGUUUUCAAGUGAGACACAUGUCACACUUUUACACAUUAGAGAUGGUUGCAUUUGAUUUGCUUUAUUGUUGUUGAACAGGAAGUUUAAUUGGUGCAUUUAGGACUCUAAAAGUUGUCCAACCCACAUGAGGACUCUUCAACCAGGAAAUAAUUUACAGUAUGUGUUGUACUGAACCAAUAAACAUAUCAAGUUCCAA